AAGAAUGUCGUUGAUUUUGAAGUUUCUGAUAUUAGUUGUUGCCUGCCUAAACCUAAAAAUACUCGACGUAUUUGGGUUGCUCAAUCCGAUGCUGCGACCAAAAUGUAGUUUGGGAGAACAUCGGACAUGUAGCUUAAGAAUUGUUUACUGUUGGAUGUACAAUUGCGUUUGUCUUCCGGAACACGUUUACCUGGGACUCGGAAAGGGUUGCCUGUAUGAAAAGUUUACUUAAAACCUU